AUGAAUACUUAUAAAAAGCCUCUUAAUAACAUUGAGUCACUCAGAAACCAGAUUCAAUAAUUGCAAUUAGACCUUACAAAAUAAAAAUAAAACAUUAUUAGCAAAAUUUAUGGAAAUCGCAGCUUCGAAACAACCCCCACGAUGAACUAAGAAGAAAACUACAAGUCUGCACUAUUUUCAAAUAAAAUCUCAAAGAGAUAAGACACACAAUUGCAUUAGGAUUGGAAUAUCUACAAAUCGAAAUAAAUUGAAAGAGAUAAUUGGAGAAUGAAAAAAAGAAAAAAUUAGAUUAGCUUUUUCAGGGUAUUGAGUGCCGACCUAUUACGAGAGUACCAACUCAAGAAGCAGUAAGUCAAUGAGGAAUUUGAUGCAAAGAUGAAAUACGUUCAGAAUGAGCUUCAAAAACAAGAUUAAUUAAAUAAAUCAUUGGAAUAAGAAUAAUAAAAAAAAUUAGUGAGUAGCUUUCGUAAAAAUUCAAACAAAGAGAAAUUGAAGGUUCGUUUUUAAGGUGAUUACUAUGUUCGAGCAAGAACAGAGCAUUGA